CUUUCCCUAAAAACUGUCAUUUUUUAAUAUGACAGUUUUAAUACAAAUUAGAAUUUUUUUGAAACUAUGAACCUAGAGAAAAAGAAACUACCGUACAUAGCUCCAUUCGAAGUUGUUGUCCACAACAAAGCUACAGACUGUUGGGUAUCAGUCCUUGGCAAAGUAUUCGACAUAACACCGUUAAUCAAGCAGUAUGAAGGUCAAGCUUGCGUAAAACCCCUAAUUGCCCUAGCUGGAAAAGACUUAAGCCAUUGGUUUGAUGCAAAAACUGGAGCCAUCCGUCACAGAAUCCACCCAGUAACAGGCGUGUUAACGCCCUACUGUCCAAAUGGAGCGUUUCCAGACGUUCAAUGCCAAGUUCCCGACUCACAAUGGCGAGCCAUCAAUGGUCCUCCAUGGUGGGAUCGACCCCAAUACCAAAUUGGUAUUUUAACAAAGCGCGUGAGAUCCUUGAAGAUAAUCAACAUGCUGACAUUUCAUGAAGUUCAGAUAAAUGUAUGCUGCGAAGAUACAUUCAGAAGGAUACAGGAGCGUUACUCCAUCUUCAACAAAGACCCCGACAGCUACGCUUGGAGAUAUUUCGAUCAAGAAAUCGACUUGGACAAAACGAUGGAUGAAAAUGGUAUAGUGGAUGAUAGGGAUAAAUUUACUGAGUUUGGUAUGCCUCAAAAUUUCUACAUCCCAGUUGUGUUUUUGUUCUAUAAGGACGAUUUGAAGUAUUCUCAAGGUGAAGAGGAAUCGUUCACUUAUUACAAGGAUUUAUCAGAUGACAAGAUUUCUGGAAUAGGUCAUGGAGUGCCAUAUAGGAUUCUCACUCCGACGUUUCAAUCAAUUGAUCCUUGUGUGUGUGAUGAUAUAGAAGAAGAAGAAGAAGAACAUGAAGUAGAUGUAGAUCUUGAGAAAUACUUCAAGCAAUUGAGUUUCCAAGAAAACUCGGAAGACCAAAGAGUUUGAGAUUAUAUCAUACUUAGAUGUAAGAAAUUUCAAUUUAUGAAAUUGAAAAGAAGAACUGAAUAUAUUAUGUUGAAGAAAUUUGAAGCUUUUUCACAAAAUGUAUAGGUAUCUACCUGACAUGUUUUUCGAACAAAUAUCAGGUAGAUAAAAAAAAACAAUCAAUGUCCAUCAAUUGACUUUUGCAUUCUUCGGUAUUUGAUCUUCGAAAAUUAUCACUGAAUAUAAAAAAAAUCUUUUCAAAAACUAACCAUCUCAAAUCUUCCAUCUUAUAUUUUCGACAAAGUAAUUAAAAAAUGUAAUAAAAAUAUUGAAAAACGCUGUAAUAGAGAGCGACCGAAGAUAAAUAAAUAUGCUGGACGCCAAUUAAAUACAUACCUACCUAC